CAGAGCGAGAGAAACAAGGCUGAAUCAACUCCACAGAAAAGAGAGAGACUGGGUUUCUGCAUCGGUAUGCCUGCUCCUGCUCUCUCAUUUCCACCAUAUGCCGCUGCUGCCUCUCUGAGGAGACCUGGACUCUGUUUAAAAUGCCAGUCACCUGCUUGAGGCUACUCCUUCAUCCUCAAUCAUUUACAUUUAACAUUUAUACUCUCUGUUCCCGGCGUGAGAGAGACCGGGAGAGCCUGAGUGAGAAGAGUGGAUGAGAAUUGCCUUGCUUUUCUCCUUUCUGCUGAAGUUCCUGCGGAGAUUAGCAGAGCGGGUGGUUUCGACUCUUUGGACACUAUCCGUCUGAGCUGUCCGUGUUCGGAGGAAAAGACUGAAGGAGAGGACACAACAUUCUCUGGAAACAUCGGACUCUAUAUCACCUGAGAUAUUUGGGAACACGUGACUACAUUUUUACGAGACAAACCGGUAUUAUAGUAAGCAAAGAUGAUGAAACUUGUUUGACCUUUUUAUAUAUAUUUCCCCCCUGCUCUUCAUGCAGCAGGCACACAGCGCUGCACGUGUUGGCUGUGUCUUUUCUGAGGAGAGAACGAGAAGUAGGAUGAGAGCCUGCCAGAGUAUUUGUCCUCUGCUAUCUGUGUCCUCUGUGUGACUCCUCUGUGUCUGUGCAGUGAGGGGUGCCCUGGGAGACUCCCUAGUCCCUGAUCGUGGGCGAGGGCUAGUCCUCACAUUGCUGCUGACAUGGCAGAGGGAACACAGCUCCUCUCUUCGGGGCACCAACCUGGUCUGCUGCUGAGCUAGGACUUGGACCAGCCAUUGACCAUCCCCAGCCAAGUUCCAGUCCUCUGUCUCUGGAUCUGGUUUCAGACCAGGGGCUUUCAGAAGGCUCACUGGCUGCAAGAUGAACUUUUCCUUGGACCUGCUGGACCUUGAGCUCCUGAACCAGAGCGGCUCUCCUUUCUGCCUUCUAGACAUGGGCUACUCCCAGAUCUUCAACACCUGUCUUUUAGAGGUGGCCAUCAUCUUGCUCCUCACAGUUCUCAUCAUCUGUGGCAACCUGGUGGUGAUCUUUGUCUUCCACUGUGCUCCACUGCUCCACCACCACACCACCAGCGCCUUCAUCCAGACCAUGGCCUACGCAGACUUGUUAGUUGGGGUCAGCUGCCUCAUCCCUUCCCUCUCCCUCCUCCACCACCUGAAAGGGCUGGAUGAAGAGCUCACCUGUAAGGUGUUUGGUUACAUGGUUUCCGUGUUGAAGAGCGUUUCCAUGGCGUCACUGGCGUGCGUUAGCGUGGACCGCUACAUGGCGAUAACGCGGCCGCUGUCGUAUGCUACACUGGUGACACCGUGCCGGAUCCGCGUGUGCAUCCUCCUCAUCUGGCUCUACUCCGCCCUCGUCUUCCUGCCCUCCUUCUUCGGCUGGGGGAAGCCUGGCUACCACGGCGACGUGGUGGAGUGGUGCGCCAUGGAGUGGGGGACAAAGCCGCUCUUCACGUCGUUCAUCGUGGCGCUGCUCUACGUGCCGGCCGCCAUGACGGUCUGCUUCACCUACGCCAACAUCUUCCGUAUCUGCCGGCAACACACGAAGGAGAUCAGCGAGCGCCGCGCCCGCUUCAGCACGCAGGAGAGCUCUCUGGGACAGGACGGCCAGCCGCAGCACGCGCCGGCGUGCACGGACAAACGCUACGCCAUGGUGCUGUUUCGCAUCACCAGCGUUUUCUAUCUCCUCUGGCUUCCCUACAUCCUGUACUUCCUGUUGGAGAGCGCUGGAAUCUACCGUCACCCCGUCGCCUCGUUCCUCACCACCUGGCUGGCUAUCAGCAACAGCUUCUGUAACUGUCUGAUCUAUAGUCUAACCAACAGUGCCUUCCGGAAGGGUUUAAAACGGCUAUGUUCAUUCUGCGUGCAGCGUGUGGACAGUAAGAAUCCUUUUGGCCCUGGGCCGGGGCACGGACAGGGGCCAGUCUGCACACGCUCCACAUGCCAUGUGUAGGACCUCCCAGAGACCCGUGUGAUGGUCGAGUCAGUGUGUCGUGUUGCUAAAGCACUAAGUGUGUCCCGUGUUGAUGCUGAGCUAAGGGGAACAGGCUUCACAGGAAGUUGUGUUGCUACGGUUGUUUCCAGACAGUUGGAUGUUUGCGUUCCUGGCCACAGCUGGCUCUGACAGGAUCGGCUCCAGGACCUGAGCGCUUUGAGCCCCGCGUGGGAAGUACAGCCCAGCCUCUGCCAUGAGAGAGGUAGAACAUGGAGGGGGAGUGAGAGUCAGAAUAAGGAUGUGGAAUUACAUGACCCUAACCUUUGACUCCAGUUACGGAUGACAGAGCUAUGGCUACGUUGUUUCAGCGUUUUGCCGUGGAUGGAGUGUUAGUUGAUUGAACACCUCCCUUCUGACAGUACUUGCCAAAAACACAAACUGUAAGAACACAAGAACACAUGUUCUUAUGGGAGAAAUAUGUUUGAGACUGUGUAUCUUCCUAGCAGUUUGUGAAACAAUGUGUAUUUGUGCCAUGACUACAGUGUAUUAAAUGCAACAAAGUACUCACAUAAUUUAAAAAACUGAAAAACACUUUAAUACUGAGCUAAGGGGAGCUGUCAAUAACUUAUUUAAAUGUUUUCCCUUGUGGUUUUUAUUUAAACACGGAAACUGAAUAUUUACAAUAUUGUGCUCUGAAGGGUGCAGCAAGCUCAGACUGAAGAGAAGCAAGUUACUUCAUAAUUAAUUUUUAUCUGGGCUGUUCUGAGGCAGAGGUACGGGCAGAGAAAGGGAGGACCACUUUGUUUAGAGGUUUAAACACCAGGACUAGUUUACUAGCGAGGGAUCAGAGUAAUCAUUGACUGGAUGACUUUUGUUUCAACAAGCUUCCUUAUCAUCAGAGCCUGUCUGACUCUGUAACCAAAGUACAUUGCAGACAGUACGUUCCAGUUCACUUAUGAGGAGAAUGUGGUCGCUGUGUCAAAGCAGAAGAUUGAUUGAAAAUUGAUUGUUUAAGUUUCAGAGUAGUUUAUCAUCUCCAAAGCGUUGCCCCUUUGUCUGUUGCAUCCGGUAUUAACAAGCCAAUACAAGUUGGCCUGAUUAGUGACCUUUACUGUCUUCAUUAUCUAAGAUUUUUCCGAUGAGACUUUCUGAAAGAAUGAGCGAACAUCCACAUCUGAUUUUAUUUUCGAUGUCAAAUUUUAUUUUUCAAUUAUCUGGUUACUCAACGUGGUCUCAGGGCAAUUCGUAUUAUUCUGUACAUAGAUCUGUGACACUUCUUUUUAGUAUGAUAUAUUACGUUAUAUUAUGAAUGCAAUUGCGGUUGUACAAUAUCAUAUGAUUAUAGGAUAUGGUCUAUAGUAUCAUUCGUCUUACCCGGUCGCACAAUUGCUUACGAAUUGGAUGAAUUAACUUCUUCGGGACGUAUAGUAUUAUACGUCUUUCUCUGAGGCCAGGUUGCUUGUUGCGCCAUACCAACAAAGGAGAAUGAUGAGAAUAAUUUACUUUGGUGGUUAGGCGACAACAAUUGCGUCAAGUUGGAAGUAAAUAAAGUUAAUACCAGGCUAAAAUACGAUUUUAAUGUGUGCACGAUGCAUUUUUUGUUAUUAUUUGUGAAUUUAUCUUUGAUAGUAUGUGCUUGUUUCUGUGCAUCGACGUCUCUGCAAUGCUCUCCCUGUCGUGGAAAAUAGACUCAAGCGAUCCCCGCUUCGCGAACGUGCUGCUUUUUCAUGUUGUAUAUAGCAUGUCUCAUACAUCAUCGUGAGUUGUUAAACUGCGACUCGCGUUAACGGUGACGUGACGGCGUUAUAGUUUGGCCAUGGGUUAAUGACAGUGAAUGUUGAUGGUGAAUGUUGAGAAAGCUGUGAGCUGCUGUUAGCUGAGGACCAAUAGGGCUCUGGUCAAAAGUAGUGUACUAGAUAGGGAAUAGGGUGCCAUUCGGGAUGUAACCUGUAACACAGGAACCUGUAGGGCUGCAUUACUAUACAGUACAAUGAAACCGAUAGAAAUGAUGAUCUCUAUGUUCAACUGUUUUUGGUCCAAUGUUACUAGAUAUUUAUUAGACCUUUCACAGGCUUUGGCCUCUUGAAACUUUUCUCUCUCUUUUUAUGGUAGCCUACUCCUCCAUUUGGGAGCCAAAUAUACAAUAUAAUUAGUAGCUUUAUUUUCUUAGUUGACCAAAGUUGAAUGUGUGUUAGAUGUUAUAUAUUUCAAAAAGAACGAGACGGAAUGAGAGAUUUAGAGAGAAAUAACGUGUAAUUUAGGUGGAUUUUUUUUUAAUGGAAGUUUUCAUGUUAGGAAUUUUGCAGUGAUGACGGUAUGGACAGACAUUGAGUUGGACUACUGUAUUGUUAGGCUGCCUCUUCAAUGAAUACAGUGCUGUUCAUCUUUAUGUAGGCUAAAGGUCCAUGUUACAUUUCAAAUGUGUACAUAGUCUUAUGCAUGUUUUGCCUACUGUAUAUAUUUGAUGAGGUGAUUCGAAUAAGAAAGCUCACAAUUCAAAUAUCGUCAAACUACAAACACUUUUGGAGACUGCCUUCGCGCAGUCAAAGGGCACAGUGCAAUACGUUCAUCGUUCCUCCAUUUUGUCCGUUUUACUGAAGAACGACAACACGUAGGCCUAUCAGACACAAUCAAUGCAUUUAAAAAAAAUAUAUAUCUACAUUUUACCACCGGUUAUUGAAACAAUAGAUCUGUUUCUCUCUAUUGACCAUGUGAUGUUCCUGAACUGUUAGUGAUAUCCUGGUAAUAAUAGUGUUUCUGCCAGAGUCAUCACACGCUGUUCACCGCUUUAUUACUUUCACAUGACUUUCUCCGUGACUCUUCUGCCCUUUGGAGAUGUGUGUGGGUGCUUUGUAUGCUACUAUGUUUGAUGUGCGAAUGCAUAGUUUUUUUUGUUAAUGUUUGGGUCUUUUUUAGUCUGUUGGAUACUGACAGGCGGCUCGGUUCUCUCAAAACCUAAUAUUUGCUCACGGAAGUAUGCCAAAUAUUGAUUGGGUUUCCUACUGUUGUACUUUCGAACAGGCUCUUAUUUUUUCAGAUACUGACCACUUAGUAUUCCGUUGAGGUGGAUUUUCUACUUCUUAAACAAUUCCUUACAUUUGUAUACCAUUUUCCAUGCUUUCGGGUUAAUGGAUUUACUGAUAUUGUUGUGUAUUUAAAAGAGAAUUUAGGUGUUCUUCUUUUGAGGAAGAUAUGAGUUCAACAUUUGGCAGUAUCUCCAUCUAGGUGUCAGUUUAGUUGAACUCUAUUCAAUCCAGCAGUCAGUUGACGGUACUUUAGAAAGGGGCAAAACUGGGGGAAAGGUUUCUUGCUUCGCUAUUUUGCUGAUGUACGUUUUUGGGGACAUUUCAAUGCCAAAGAACCACGGCAAGUCCUUUUUCUUUUUCAAUGUGGGAAAACAUCAAAGUGCUAGGGUUAGUGAUCCCGGGGACCCAAACUCCCAUGAUGACCUGCUCUCGACAGUGCCAUAUUAGGAUGUUGUGAGACCUGAUAUGAUGCUGGAAACGUCCAUGCCAAAUCUGGGACAGUUUUGUGGCCCAAGCUUUACUAGAGGACUACACACCCACGCACACAGGGUGCACACACACACACACACAGGGUGCACACACACACACACACACUGUUUUCCCUUCUGUUAGCCAACAUGUCCUUAUUGAAUUUUCUCAUAUGUAUUUUCUUAAUGCUCUAAAUUGUCAGGCCAGGCUCUCUUAAUGGCUAGCUCAUGACCCGGCUGUUUUAAGUGGCUCAGCUCUUUAUCGGAUUAAGAGGAGAAUGGACACAUUAACAAGAAGGCCGUUUGGCUGGAAAUGUCCCAAAACAUGGUUGAAAAUGUGACUUAAAAAAAAAAAAGUGAUGUUUAACAUUGGUUGAACUCUAUUCAAUGUUUCAAUUAUUCAUCGCAAAUGCUGGGUAAACUGAAUGUUGUGGGGCUUAAACAUAAUCAUGUUCUCCAUGUUAUUUAAGGCUAGUUAACUAACUCAGUACCAUGAGCCUUGUAAUGAUGUCAUGUUGUAGAGUAGAGUUGUCUGGAGAUAUUUCUAUUCUGGUGUAUUAUUCUGCACUGAGCAAAUAAAUGUGAUCUUAUCUAAAGGAA